AUGAGCUCCUGUGGCUUAGCUCUGGCACCUCCAGCCAAGAAUGUGGUGGUGUAUCGCAAUGGUGACCCCUUCUUCCCUGGGAGGAAGUUUGUAGUGAACCAGCGGCGGUUCCUGACCUUUGAGGCAUUUCUGAAUGAGGUGACCAAGAGCAUUCGUGCGCCCUUGGCUGUGAGGAACCUCUACACACCCAGGCAUGGCCACCACGUCGCUGAGCUGGGGGACCUGCAGGACGGGUGCCAGUAUGUGGCUGCGGGCUUUGAAAAGUUCAAAAGGCUUGAGCACCAGUGGCUGGCUUUUUUCACCCCCAUCUUUCACAGCUGCAGGAACACUGGCUCAUCGCAUGCUCUGGGUUGUUUCUACUGCAGUGUUUUCCGGAAUGGGGAUUUGCUGAGCCCUCCUUUCCCACUGUCUCUCUCCAAGAGCACCCCACUGCAGUGGGACGUACUCCUGGCCGUGCUGACAGAGAAAGCCGAUCUGCGCAGCGGAGCUGUUAACAAGCUCUGCAGGAUGGAUGGAACCCAGGUGUCUGGUGGGGAGGAGCUGGUGAAUGGCGAUUACUAUGUGGCAGUGGGAAAUGAGGAGUACAAAAAACUGCCUUACUUUGAGCUACUGGUGCCCCAGGAUUCUGCGUGCAGAACACUGAGGAACCACCCAAACAGCAGGCACAAAAAGUACCGCAGAAGGUUUCGUGAACUCUGUGCCACCUCCCAGGACACAGCUGGUAAUUCUGCUCUUGCUGAACCACCUCAACAGCUGGACAGUCGCAGGGUGCAGACCACAGGAGCUGCAGAGAAAGACAAGAUCCCAGCUGCUUUUCCACAACUGCAAAGGCAAGCCAGGAAAUCUUGCCUCAAAGAGGAAGAGUCCAUUUUCCAUGCCAAGCCUGUCCGUGCGGGGCGAAACAGAAGGAGCAACAGGAAUGUGCAGCACUGGCCUGAUCAAGAAGAAAGUGUUUAUAAAGCCACAGACCCUAGGAAGGAGGUGCGAGGUGCCCAGGAAGUAAAAGAGGACGAAUGCACAAGGGUGGACGUACCCACUGAUCAGGCACAGGCUACAGACAAAUCACAAAAGACUGUGGCAAGGAAAAGGGAUGCCAGUGACUCGGAGGAUGAAAAGCACUGAAUGACGUUCCCCUUGGCAGCAAAGAGCUCUGAAGACUUCGCAAAGGGACCAUGACAGGAGAGGGACACUUAGGUACAUGGCUAUCUGCAAGGCAUCUGCAGGGCUAGAUUUCUGUAACACCACAGACUGGCCCAGCUUUUAGGUUAAUUGACCAACUCUUCUAAAUUCACCCUCAUCAUCUGUGCUUGAGAAGCAGAGUACCAGCGAACAAAGAAUGAGAUGCACAAUUUCGUUAAAUAAUUAAGACCUUCCUCCUUUCCUUAUCUCUAUGGUGUGGCAGAGGAGAUGGCUGCUUUUCUGAACUCUAAUUAAACCCAUUUGUAUCUGAACCUGGGAAGGAAGAAUUACAAAAUAGAAUAUAUGCCUUUAUAACAGAAUGUCUGCCAGGAAGUUUAUUCUCUCUCAGAUACUUCUUAUGAAGAGAUUUCAUCGCAUCAUUGUCCCUCUGAUUUGGAAUGCUUAGAAAUGUGUACAGCAAUCAAACCUGUUCCCCAAGCUAUACGCAUUUUGUUUCUGUUAACUUGUUUUAGGAGCAUCUGCCUGAUUUAGGAGAAGUCAUAGUAAUAAACAGCUCUUGUAUUAAC